UGUCGGGCUACGUCAAUAACGUCAAUUUUACGCAGAAGCAGAAGUGUUUAUUGGGAAAACUAAAAAAUCUUUUCCCAAAUAAUACCUAUAAUCAAAGUUAAUACACUAAUUCUGCUCGAUAGUUGGUUUCUAGUCAUAGUUAUUGUAAUCACUUAUCGGCAGUUUGCGCUAACUAGUAAAUAUUUCACGUUAUAUGUCAAGCAAGAUCGAUUGAUUUUUAUUUUAUUUUGUUUUAUAAAAGUGGCUUAUUGAUAAAAUAGCUAAUGAAAUCACUUAACGUGUGACGUCGCUCGGUUCCUCAACGAUCGGACAUGCGAUAAUGAGAAGUAGAAUUCGCUAGAUGAGUGAUGGAUGAGUGCAUAAAGAGCUCCCCUUGUAAGGAGUGUGAUGAUGUGGACGAUGGACAGCUUGGGGCGGAAGUGGAGCACCUGCGGCAGCAUUUAGCUGAGCGGGACUCCCAUAUUGUUGCCUUGGAGGCUGAGUUUGUCAAGACUACCAGCCGAGCUAAAGAUCUUGAUGAGCAACUGCAUACUUGGAGAGAGAAAUAUGAAAGAUUGAAUGAUUCCCACAAAAGGGUGCAGAAACUAAAUCAGGUUUUAGAAGACAAGUUGCUGCAAAUGGUUGACAAGAUGAAGGGUGAGAAGAGCCAGCUGACCAAAGACAUAGCCACUCUGUCGGUGAGGCUUGCCGAGUCCAAGCACAAUUUCAGCAUGCUGCAGAAGGAAAAUGAAAGAUACAAAAACGAUAUGAAUCUAGCAAUCCAACUACUGCAGUGCAAGCCUGACAACUUUGUAUCCCAAAAACUGGACAAUCUCCCUAUAGAUACACAAACCCGGGUAUCACAGUAUGUCAUGUCGAAAACAUCCAAGCCAUCCAGCGCAACGCAGUCCAGAAAUGGUAACGAACUUGACACUUUUGAUGCAAGUGAGUACGAAUUUAACAUUUCCGCAUCACUGAUGUCCAAAAUUCUCGAAGAUAGUAUUCAGGACACGGUAACAAAACACUGUGAUACAUGUAUAUGCAUGAAAUCACAGAGCAAACCCUUCUGCUAUAACGAGAGCUAUUAUUCUGUGGCAACACAAACAUUUCUGAGCGGAGAUAUGAAGAAUUCCCUGUGCUUAAAUUGCAAUUCGGAAAUUAAAUCUGUUCAUUCCAAUUUAAGCUUCAGAAGUGCUUCGCCACAUGCUAUUAAAUUGGUGAAUGAAAAAUUAGUGUGUCCAGGCGCGCCAGGGCCCUAUAUUGUACCUCAACCUAUCAUGGAACAGCUGAAAGUCGCCCCUGUUAUCAAUGAGGCGUCUAACACAAGCUAUAUUAUUAACGAAACAUCUAAAGCAGACGAUAAAGUCCAACUCUUGCCGAAUGAUGACAAAAAUAUCCCACCUAUUGAUACUAGUGAUUCAAAGCCAUUGAGAAAGAAUACCAUGAACAUGGAACCGGCGGUUCAUCAUAAGCUCUGUGAUCGCACGAGAACUUCCAUUUCUAGCAAGAAAAGUAGUGUUCACAGUAUUGGCAAUGAGGAUCUUAUGAAGGAAUUAUCAAACUCUAAAGACGUUACUAAAGAUAUCAAACCAAUUAAUGAGAAUCGCUCGCUCGAGAAUUAUAACGUGAGGAAAAACUCCUUGGGUUCAAUGGGGGCUGUUAGUAGAACUUCUUCUGUAGCUAAAUCUACAGUCAGCACUCAUAAGUCUAACACUCAAGUGGGUCCCGGCCCUCGGUUUUGUCAUUUGCGAAUGCAAGCCGGCUCCAAGAAUAUUCUCUUAGAUAAUGCACAGCCUGACGUGCCCCCCGUCUUAUACCGAAGGCAAAGUAAAUGCAAUGAAAACUCUAUAUUUAAAGAUCUGAAUGAUGGUAUGGAGAAUUUUAUGGAUAUAGAUAGAACCCCAGAUGAAAAAGAGGAUGCUAAAAAUGAUAAUGUAGUAGUAGAAAGCACGCUCAUAGACGUACACGUCGAUAACAAUGCCAAAGAAUGCAAUACCAGUGUGAAGAGUCCUGCUAUUAAUCCUGUGCUAUUGAAUGUUUCUUCAUCGCCUCUACAACCAUUGAAGACGCAUACCUUCUCCAACAGCUCGGAAAACAAUAACAAUAAAUCUCAAAGUGUUGAUAGUCAGCAAAAUGUUUCAGAAACAGAUAAUAUUCUAAAUGAGUUUAAUGCAGAUAUGAAAAAUAUGCAAAAUAAUAACAUUGACGGUAUAAACACAAAUGACAAUGGUAAUAAACUAGACGUUAUAUCGCCAACAGAGAGUCAGGACGUAAAAAUAUUUAACUUCGAUCGUUACGAGCAGAAUAAACUCUCCAAGUUACAUACCAGGCCUUUGAGAAAGAUCGAUUUGUCGCAACUUCAUUCCAUUGAAAGCACAAGAAUAUCUAAGGACUUCCGGCCGUUGGAUAGUCAUCAACAUCAAGUACCAGCGCACGAUAAAAAAACGGAACACAUUCCACCCAAGUCAGUGCUGCCCGCUGUAGUUAACGUGUAUCCAAACUUAACCCAGACUCAUUUGAAAGUGAAUGAAACUACGAAAGUGUUCACGAACGAACAAAGCACAAGUUCGCUUUCUAGCGACGAUAGUGCCGCUUUAUUACAAAAGCAGCAGUUGCUUAGAGUAGCAGAAUGGGUUGAAAAGAACUUAGAGCAGCAAAAUAAUCUAAACGAUCCUUUGGAGGAUGAUGUCGCUUAUAGUAACAGUGUGAUGAGAAGGGAUAGCAAGCUGAGCAGACUCUCGGAGACGCUAAAUGAAUUGGCACUCAAUAUGCCACACCCAGUGAGCAAAUAUUCCAAGUCAUUCACUAGAGAUGGUCUCAACAACUGGGUUCGCAACUCUGUAGCUCAUAAUGAUAAUGCUGAAAAAAAGCAUGCGCCUAAUCCAAAGGCAAAUAUCGGCAAGGAAACAAGUUUCCCAGUUGAGAGUGGUGACGCUACAGUUACAGAAAUGAAUGAUAAUUCUAAAGUCAGACGUAAGGCUAGCGAUUUCGAUGUCGGUAAAGAGUUGCGGAAUGCCUUAAAGUCUAACGACAGAGAGAUAACGGCUGAAGAAUUAGCGCGAAUGGAAUAUAAUGUCAAGAAGUUUUUACUGAGCGGCCCGCACUGGACGAACGAGACCACGGGCCGCAGCCGACGCACCAGCAGCAAAACCGAGACUGAUGUAUAAUUCCGAUGUAGAUAGUUUGAUACAUUCCAUGUUCAACUUUCUUGUGUGUUGGAUGGACAUUCCAUAUUUUGUCAUACCAUCCGGAAAUCUGUUAAAUGUUUGUGAAGGGAAACCUUAAGUCUAUUUAAUUUUAGAGACUGAAAACGGAUGAGAUGAUUUUAGACUUUGAAAUGAAAUAAGUCUUAUUGUAUUUCACUGUCAGUGGCAUAGUUUGCCGUUAUUUAGCGUAUUGAUGCAUAGAUCUGAGGAUCACCUUUGCACCUAGUAAUAUGACGUAGUACCUUUUCGUAGCUCCGUCUUUGUCAUGCUUGUUAAUGAUUGGCCUGUUCUAAUUAAAUACAUUUAUUACGGCACUUGUGCAAAUAUGACGGAAAAUGCAGCUGUAGACGAUACAAUUGCAGAACUAAGUAACAAUAUUUCUCUAUUCUAAAUAAUCCAAAUAUGUAGUUUCUGAGUUUUCAUUCGAAAAGUCGAGGAUAUUUUCGUAAUAAGCUUUGAUUUUAUAGUGUGGAUAGAGAAAUGGUUGUGUAUCUAUCAGAUCAGAAUCAAAUGGCAGUUAUUCGACUAAGAAUGUACUUUUAGGUACCUUUACACGAUUUUAUGGCCUAGAGGCAUUUUUCAUAAGCACAAACUCGGCGUGGUUACGCAUUUUUUUGUAAUUUUUUUUGGGAUUAGAAUGAGAUUAGUUCCAUAUUGCAAAUGAUUAUAAUGUCACCGAAAUUACAAAAGUACCUAUACCAAAUUUCAGCUCCUUUGCAGUAUUUGGACGUGCCUCAUUUAUAAGCAUUACUAUUCGGUAAUUCGGCCAAGGAUAAUAAUACCAUUACCAGAUAUUCAGAAUACCACCACCAUAGAUUCAGAUAUAGUAAACUUGUAUCUACGAUAAAUACGUACCCUGUACGCUAAGUAUUCAUGCCAAGUGCGACGUAAAGUAUGGCGCUUCUAUGCGAUAUGUAAGCAUUGUCACUGAAAAGUCAGGGCAAACUUAUGCUGGUUUUACACGGGGGCAGUAGAGUGUACAGAACUAUAUUAAAACAAUAUGAACGCGCUGACCGAGGCAGAGAAGUACUGUCAGGACAGCAAUGAAGGCAGGACAGUCAAUAGCCAGCAAGUCCAUUUGUUCUGCCAUGUGAAAUUGGCAUUAGCGUGGUCAGAGUCCAAAUUAAAUAGGUACCUUAAAGUACGGAUUACAGUUAAUCUGCUGGUUAUCGUAAACUAAGAUAAUUGGGUGUUAGUCAUGCAAUAUCGAUAUUUUAUAAUAAAUCAAGGCUGCCGUUGACUAAAUUUAGCUUAGGAUAGAAUCACAAAGUCAGAUUUAUAUUAUUGUGCUUGAAUUAUGUGAUAUAUAUGCAAAUAAAUUUAUGGCGUACAAAUGUAGACACAAAAUUAUCUGUAAUCUUGUAUCGAUGUAUUUGUUUUCAGCAGUGACAAGUAAUUAAAUAUAGACUGUCCAAGUCGCGUGACCAUCAAUAAUCAUUGUUGUGUAAGAUGUCACGUAGAGAUACCUUUAUUCUAGAAUGACAACGUAACGCUAUGUAGUAAAUUGUGAUGCGUUUUUAUUCUUAACCUGUAAGUGGCGCCACCUACAACACAUAUAAGGUAGACUUAGUAUGGAUUUGGAUUAUAUAUUUUAUUUACUUGUCUCAGCUUCAACAGUAAAUUAGUCUUCGCUUAUUGGAACAAAUAUCAAAUUAACUAUCUUAGUUGCUGUAGGCGUAAUCUUUGUGCACAUUUAUUGAUAUUAAUACUAGUAAUAUAGGGCACCGCAUUAUUUCUUCCAAAGAGACAGUAGUUUGUGAACGUCGUAUAAGAGUUCCUAUUGUUAAUUCGAUAUUUGCUCCAGUAUUUAGUCUCAAGGAUAUCUAUAUCAACAGUCCAAACCAAUGCCGUCGAUCGAUAAUAAAAAAAAGCAUAUAAAAAUGUAGCUCUCCACUUACACAGUGUAUCAUGCCUCUGCCUACACAUGUACAAGUAUUGUAAUGAAAUUGUAUGUUAAAAUAUAAAAUGGGUAUCUUUUGUGCAUAUUUUCCUAAUUGUAUUAUUGGAAAUAUAUUUUUGAAAACUUAGUUACGGCUGUAUAAUGUAGCUAGAAUAUGAUGAAUUAUCAGUAGAAGCAAAUCGCCAACUGUGUGUUGUCUUAUAACAUAUUGAGCACAACUUAGGGUCCUUUGAUAUUAGAUGAGGUCAGAAAAUAAUAAGCACUGUCAAUCUGCAUACCCCAUGUAUUGUAAUGAUGUUACUUGUUAAGGCCUCAUUUCCACAUAGGUAUAUAACAAAUGCUUACAUAAAUGCUAUUCUAGGAUGUAAGCACCCCUAAAUGGUUAUACGUAUUAAAUAUGUUAGACUCAAGUCUGGCAAAGCUAUAUGCGGUGGCGCCAUCUGUAACAUUGGAGAAAAAUGCUAUGGAGAUUGAUAGUCUUUAUUUUACGUGUCUCUGAUAUUAGGUAGAAAUGCCAAUCUAAGUGUUUAGGUAUUUAUUUCGUACAAUACCUACCAUUCCCAAAGCAUUUGUCUAAGUACUUUUAACAGUUAAUUAUACUACUUUAUAUUUUUACUUCAGGGAGUCUAGAAGAUUCGCCCAGAGUCAGACUUGAUUCCAAUUUUUUUUUGUGAAUUGAGUAGGUCUACUUUUUUUCACACUUGCUCGUCAAGGAUGGUAUUUCACGCUGGUUUAGCGGGAGUUAUAGCAAAAAUAAUAAUGCCAUGGGAAGCACUUAAUGGAUUGUUUUACUCUAUUUUAAAGGCACAUACUUAAUGAAAUUUUAUUUUUACAUAGGCCCCCAAAACCGAGACAAGUGGCUUAUCUUCUAGUUGAUGAUAUCAUUGCCAUCUGACCCUGGGCAAUUAUCCCGGACUCCACUUAUUUGUGUUUAUAUGACAUUGAGUGAUCUUUUUUAAUUGUAGGUAUAUUUUUGACUAUUUGUGUAAAUAUUCAUUUGGUCUCAUUUGGAUGAUUAAUAUGUUUAUAUUUGUUGUUUUUGUUUAUUUUGUUAUAAACACAUUUAUUUUUAUAUACCUACCUACCUAGUUUAUAUCUUACCAAGAAAUUGGGUUCUGUAUUGAAAGUUUUUCGAAAUGUAGUCAAAAUUGAUGAAUUUCAAGCGAUUCGAGCAAUAUUUGAUUAACUUUGUGUCUUAUUUACAGUAUAAAUUAGAUUAUGGGGCCUUAUUAAAGAAACUGGAGUAAAAUUGUUUCUUCCAAUAAAUAACUUCUAAACAGUUUCUUUGGAGUAUAAAAUGACUUUGUUAUUUUUACACUGAUUUUGUUAUUUGUGACGUUGUCAAUGAAAAGGGACCUUAUUAUCGAUGGCGCUCACGCCAUUAUUAACGAUGCUCCGUUAUAAAUACAAUGCCGCGUGACGCUGCGCGGCGUGAGCGCCAUCGACAAUAAGGCCCCUUUUCAUAGAUAAUGCCCCAUUUAAGAACUCAAUUAUUUCUUAGAUGACCGACUAGUGACUUUACUGUCUAAUUAAAGUAAUAAAUUGUACUUAACAUCAGUAGGCUUAACACUAGUGAGCCGCGACAGUAUCUCACGAUCGCGAUGGAUAGCCUAGGUACGGUUCUUUUAAUUUAUAAAUCACAUAUAUUUUUUUUAUAUAGGUAAUAUACCGGGUGUGGCCUGUAACACGAGCAAAUGUGACGUCCCACGGGCAAAGGUACCUUAUGGCGGGUAUGGAGUUAUGCAUACCCCAGUAAUCUACAAUAAAUAAGCUACCGAUAACACAAAAGAUCAACCUUCUAAGUUGCGUAGUUACAGAGAUAUGAUUUUUUGAAAAUAAUGUUGUGAAAUGAGCAACUUUACGAUAGAGAAGUUUUAAGUUUAGCCGCCUAAAAAACUAUGUUCCUGAAGUAAGUUACAUAGUUGACUACAAUUAAUAAUACCUUAUAUAUCUGAGAUUAAAAAAAUGUUGCGACUUGUUCUGUAAUGCAAAUAGAAACCUUUGAUAUCGACUGAUUUAUGUGUAUACUAACCAAUCUCUUGAAAAUAAAGUUUUAUUUCAUUUUCACCAUUGAUUGCAAUGAGAUUUCAAGAUUUAAAUUGUAUCUAUUAGAAAACGACACUGAGAGACUGUUUAAGCAAAAAGCAAUACCGAUUUAGAGCUGAAAAUGUAUUUUCUGACUUUUUCAUAUAAAAUCAGAAAAUUGAAUAUUUUUACUUUUAAUGUAACACACAAUCAAUUUUUCUGAGCACAUAUGAAAGAAAUUCUGUCAUUCAAAUGAAAUAAAUCCUAAAACCCCAACUAAAUACUAUAUUUAACCCCUUAUGCCACUUUAAACUUACAUAACAAUUACAGUAUUUGCUCCAUACAUUUACGAAAAGGUACCUUAUGGAAAUAAAUCUAAUAAUACAUCACUACAAAACAUCAAUCACAUUGAAGUUUAUCUUUUAUGAAUAGAAAAUAUUAAUUUACAUUAAACUGCCACAAAUUUAAUUAGUUCUUCGUCAUAAUAAUCUUAAAAAAGACCAAUAAUUUGUAUGUAAUGAAAAGGUACCUUGUGGUUAAGUUACAUGAUGAGGCAUGAUGAUGAUGGAACAGUUAGAUAAACUAAUAAUAUUUUGGGGUAAAGAUGGUAUAAAUAGUCUAAUUUCUUAUCAAUAAUAUAUUUUGGUUGCCAUUGAAGACAAGCGGCAUUGAGGUUCAAUGACCUCAGAUAUUCCAUAAGGUAAUGCGUCGGGUAUUGGCAUUUUUCAGCAACCCAAUGGCUGAUUUAUUACAUGCGACCAAACCAAAUGAAGAUUAUACUAGUUAAGAAAGACUUGACGAGAGUAACUUUGGUAUAAUAGCAGGCUACUUGGAUUUGUAAUGUCGGUCGAUGUACGGUUAUAAUAUUUGCUAGGCGCCCCAACCAGAACUGAAAUUAUCAAAUUAGUUUUGCAGAAUGCUAAUACAGUUCUCUACCAAACUUCUUUUCCCGUAUUGACUAGUUUUUUUGGGAAUUUUCAAUCUUUUUUCCAUAAGGUACCUUUUCGACUAAACUCUGAGACGACAUUACUAGGCUUAUAACUAACUUAUAACAAAAAUAAAAACAGGUAAACAAACGUUACGCAUUAAGGUUUCAGAUCACACAAUAAAAAAAAAUUGAGCAUUUUUUCACCUCUUUACAAAACAUUUCAUAUCUCCGAAACUAGAAACCCUCAUAAGGUACCUUUUCCCGUGGAACGUCACAAAUAAUUAAAACAUAGAUUGUACUCCUCAAACGAUGACACUUUUGUGCAACAACUUUUAAAAAUUAUGAAGUAUUUAGAGUCUCUAUUUGUCACGCCUUAAACAUAACAAAAUUCGCAAUACAUUGCGUCUUAGAAUAAACUUUAAAGUUUAAAAAUCAAACCAAAAGUUAUUUUUAAAAGUUACUGAACAAAAAGUACGCCCUACAGUAAAAAUUUUUGCUCGUAUUACAGGCCACACCCGGUAUAUUUAUUUAAAUAAGGUCACGACAAAAAUAAUGUCUCUUUGUAAUAAGGCCCCUCCAAGUAUUUGCGAAAAGCCAAAGCUCGACUAGGCGAUAGCUUGUGCGUAAAUUGUACCUAAUAAGUAAGUGUGUUUAUUUAUUAUUAAAUACAAUUACAGAUAA